GGGGACGACGCAUGCGCAACAAACUGUAUGACGUGAUACGUUGUGGGUUUGUAACCCGGAAAUGAGAUGACAAGCUCACUGUUAUUCAUAAAUUCCACAACAAGGAACAGAUGCAACACGAGCUCGGUGGAAAGGUUGCUGUUCAGAUGAGGAGGGCUCGCCUGGUCGACCCCGUGUCUCACCCUCCGCUGCCAUGCCAGCGCCGUAUUUCCCCACGUUCCUGCUCCUUCUCUUCCUGUCCUCCUGUGCCCUCUUGCUUCUGACCCUGCUGCCCCCCGUUGCCACAUCCAAUCCCUUCUCCGCCUCCUCUCCUCCCUCACCCUGGUCGUCACUCUCCUGCGGACUGGGUCAGUCCUGGGCCGUCCGGCUCCACUCGGGCUCACAUCGUGAGGGGGACGAUGGCGAACAGAGCUCCGUGCACCUGGAUGCGAUAGCCAACAGGGUAGCGGAGCAGGCCGGGCUGAAGAACCACGGCCAGAUCGGACAGCUAGAAGGUCACUACUUGCUGUGCUCUGUCACGCCUGGAUCUGUGUUUGGUAUUUGGAGCAAGAGUGCCCGGCCUGGAGACGUCCUGGCCGCCCACCCUCAUGUCCUGUGGCACUCCCAGGAGAGAGUUCUGAGCCGCUCCAAGAGGUCCAUGGCCUUCAACGAUCCCAAUUACCCCAAACAGUGGCACCUGCACAAUCACCUCAAUAAGGGAAUGGACAUCAAUGUAACAGGAGUGUGGGAGCGCAACAUCACUGGCCGAGGAGUCACGGUGGUGGUGGUAGACGACGGGGUGGAGCACACCCACAAGGACAUCCAGCCCAACUAUAGUCCAGAGGGCAGUUACGACCUGAACUCCAACGACCCGGACCCCAUGCCUCACCCAGACGUCCACAGCGACAACCACCACGGGACGCGGUGUGCCGGAGAGAUCGCGGCCGCUCCCAACAACAGCUUCUGUGCUGUGGGGGUGGCCUACGGCAGCAAGGUGGCAGGCAUCAGAGUGCUGGACGGCCUACUGACAGACAGCCUGGAGGCCAUAGCCUUCAACAAGCACUACCAGGUCAACGACAUCUACAGCUGCAGUUGGGGUCCCGAUGAUGACGGACACACUGUGGAUGGACCCCAUCCCCUGGGCAAGGCAGCGCUGCAGCAUGGGGUGAUUGCAGGCAGACAAGGCUUCGGUAGCAUCUUUGUGGUCGCCAGUGGCAAUGGAGGUCAACACAAUGACGACUGCAACUACGACGGCUACGCCAACUCCAUCUACACCAUCACAAUCGGAGCGGUCGAUGAGCAAGGCAGGAUGCCCUUCUACGCUGAAGAGUGUGCGUCCAUGCUGGCUGUCACUUUCAGCAGCGGGGGAAGCCAGCUGAGGAGCAUUGUGACGUCGGACUGGUCCAUGCAGAGGGGGACCGGCUGCACCGAGGGCCACACCGGCACGUCCGCCGCGGCCCCGCUGGCGGCAGGAAUGGUGGCCCUCAUGCUGCAGGUGCGUCCCUGUCUCAGCUGGAGGGACGUGCAGCACAUCAUCACCUUCACUGCCACCGAGUGUGACAGCAGUGCAGACUGGAGGGUGAACGGAGCCGGUUUCCACCACAGCCACCAGCACGGCUUCGGUGUGCUCAAUGCGUGGAGACUCGUCAACGCUGCCAAGGUGUGGGAGUCGGUGCCGUUUCUCGUGUCCUAUCAGAGUUCAGUGAUAAAGGAGGAAGCGCCCAUUCCGAAUUAUCCAGACGAGCUGGUCCGAACCUGGAAAGUCUCUGCUGCUGACCUCCGACACUCUGGGAUGGAGACGCUGGAGCACGUGGCCGUCACCGUGACCAUAAACCACCCUUGCCGUGGCAGCGUGGAGAUUGUGUUGGUCUGCCCCAGCGGUAUGGCGUCGAUCAUCGGGGCGCGCCGCGCCAUCGACAGAGACCCGUCAGGCUACCAGGACUGGACUUUCUCCACUGUGCGCUGCUGGGGGGAGAGAGCUGAAGGCCAGUACACCCUCAAGAUUUCUGACCACAAAGAGUGGACUCUCGCGCAGUGUGCAGCGUCGGGAGUGUUGAAGCAGUGGCAGCUGACCCUGUAUGGUUCCUCUAUGACCCCCAGCGAGGUCCAGGACAGACAGAGGCUGGUGGAGGAGGCUGUGAGUGGCAGGUAUCUGGACAGCAACUUCUCUCUGCCCUGCCCUCCAGGCCUGGACAUCCCUCCAGAGAUCAUCAGCCCCUUCACCUCCAAUAACCUCAAGUUCCUGCUGUUGCUGGGCUGCUUUGCUCUUUUCUGGUCCCUAUACUACACACUGGAGGUCACACUGGCCCACCUGGACUUCAGGGGCCUCCUCUGCCUGCGCAGGAGACGGGGAGGUCACCGGGCCAGGGGAGGGCGGCGAGGGAGAGGAGUGGAGGAUGCGUUGGUGGAGGAGGACGUGGGGGACGAGGAGGAGCAUGACUCGGGGGUGGAGCUGCAUGUAGCGUUGGACUUCGAAGCCAAAGCGCCGCUUUUGAAUGGGGAGCGGCUGGCGACAUAGCACUGAGCCAGGGGAUGGGUCUGAAACCUUUCGCUGUCUUUGCUCACGGGACGUCUCAGGCUCUCACCCUCUCCUCCCUUUCACCUUUCUCUGUGCUGCUGGUGGUGUGGGGGGGUCACAGUGUAGAUUACAAGAUAUACUUGACUGAAGAGUGGAUUAUUUGUCCCAAACACAUGGCCUUUUAUUGAAAGAUGUGUGUGUGUUCUUGUACACUUGUGCCCCGAACAAAUGUCCUCAUGAGGAAAGAAAACGUGAAGACAAUCCUCUAAAGUGGGGUUGUUUUGUCAGUACUGGGGUUAAAGUUUCCAAUCAGGAUUAGGUUUGGGUCAGGCAUGAACUGGAAGGCCCGAACAGGGUUUAUAGACAGAGAAGAACUUAGCUCACAGAUUGGUGGGAUGUACUUUACGAACACCUGAGGGUCAUUAAACCAAGAGAAAAAAAAUGUAAAUUUGCACUACAGGAAGGUACGAAUUUGCAGAGUGUGUGACAUGAAUGUGUGAGUGUGUGUGCUUGUAAUAUGAGUGGUCUUCCAUGACAAAGUGUCCUCAAAUAUGAGGUUCCAAGAAUACUGCUGAUUGUUUGUUUUUUAUAUAAACUACAUUUAUUUUCUGAGGUGUUAUUUUAUGUAUUUGAUCUUUAAGUCUGGGGGGUCGUUAUCGGCGGGUUAUCAACCAACUACUGAUAAAAAAAAAAACUUGAAGUGGGAUUUCUCAAGUGUGGGAUUUGUAUAUGUAUUUUUUUAUGAAGUGUAAUAUAUACACAUCGUGUGCCUGCUGUACAGAUAAAUAUAUCAAGCGUGUUAAAUGAUUUAUACAAAGUGUUUUGUAAAAAUGUAUUAAAGAGUUCUAAUUUUUUAAUGGGAAGAAGUGUUUGGAUUGAAGGUGGAAACUGUGUUUGCUGUGCAAGUCACAGGUGAUCUGAAUGAUAAUAAAAAUACUUGAUGGAUUAUUCUUUGACUGUUGUGGUUUUUAAUACACAUUUACACACCAAAUCUCUGAUAUUAUUAAGAUAGUGUGGUAUGAAAAAUAGAAGUUUCUGUAUGUGUGCUGUAGAAAGAAAUGUAUCUGAAUGUUUACAAGCCAACAGGAGUUUAACGAGACUUGUAUUAUUCAGCUAAGCUAAGCAGCUCCUUCACUUAAG